CUUCACACACGUAGGAUGAGAGUCAACCCUUUAUAUAUACAGUCUAUGGAGUCAACAUGUAGUUCAUUCAUGGGCAUUACAUUUAAUCUAGUUAUCAGUUUCCCCCCCCCCCCCCCGAGUAUAUAUUCAAGUUUGCAUUAGCUGACAUUUGGACAAAUGGACGACAUCAUAAAUCCGGAAAAUGAAGGAGAUGUUCUGGCUCAAAUUGAAGAGGUCGAGGCUCUGUCUUCCAUCUAUGGGGAUGAAUGGUGUGUCAUAGAUGAAGCAUCCAGAAUAUUUUGCAUCAAAAUAUCCAAUGACUUGGAGGAAUCAAAACUGACAGCAUGUUUGCAGAUAAUUCUCCCACCUGAUUAUCCAAGUGCCGCCCCGCCCAUCUACCAGAUCAAUGCCGCGUGGUUACGAGGCCUGGAGAGGACCAAAUUGGCAAACAGCCUGGAGGACCUUUAUGUGGAGCAUGUGGGGGAGAGCAUCCUCUAUCUCUGGGUGGAGAUAAUAAGAGAAUUCCUCCUAGAGAAAUCCCAGAGCUCAGAAACAGGCACCGUUUUACCGAAGAGUGCCACAAGAAGCCUGUUGAUGAAGUGGGAGGUGGAUCAACCAGAGAAUGUGAACAUGACGACUGAGGAGGAAGAGGAUGAUGAUGAAGACAUGCCAGACUUCAGGAGUCUCAAGCUGAACACAGAAAAUGCACAUCUGUUCAUGGAUCCUGCAAAAGAUGAAGAGGCACCUCCUAUAAAACAUGGAAAUACCCUCACAGACCGACGCAGCACCUUCCAGCCUCACUUGGCACCUGUGGUGACUCCAAAACAGGUUAAAAUGGUCCUGGAGAAGCUGUAUGAGAACAAGAAGCUUGCUAGUGCCACUCAUAAUAUAUAUGCAUACAGGAUUUACUGCGAGGACAAAAACAGCUUCCUGCAGGACUGUGAGGACGACGGAGAGACAGCCGCGGGGGGGAGGUUGCUCCAUCUACUGCAGAUUCUGGAUGUGCGAAACGUCAUGGUGGUCGUGUCUCGAUGGUACGGAGGUAUUUUAUUGGGUCCUGACCGUUUCAAACACAUCAACAAUUGUGCCAGAAAUAUCCUGGUGGAGGAAGGCUACACUGCCUCCACGGAUGAGGCCACCAAAUCUGGAGCGAAGAUCAAAAGGCCAAAAAGCAAGAAGAUGAAAUGAAUGUUGGACAAGACUUUUAUUCAAACACAUUUUCAUCUUUUUGAGAAGGUUGUUUUAAGGUUGUUUAAAUUGUGUCUUAAUGGAGUCAAACAGGGAUUUCUUGCAAUUGCAAAUAAUGUAUUCAACAUGACGAGUAUUGCAAUAUAUUUAAGCAACGUUUAAUUAUUUUAGCUGAUUGCCUCAACUCUGGACUCUAUAUGACAGCAUUUUGACUGAGAAGCAUUGAAAUGAGAUGUUUUAAUUAAAACAAUCAAACCAUGAGA